AUGCAAGCACAGCUCCUGACGCCCGCGCAGGCCGCCAACGCGCUCGGCCUCCAGAACGCCACGCUGUGGUUCGGCGCCGGGGGGGCCGGCGCCGCGGUGCUGCUCAAGGGCCGCGCCCGGGUCCACCGGGCGCUCGCCUGCGUCGCCCUCGCGUCCGCCGUCGCCAUCCACUGCGUCCUCACCUGUUUCCUGGGAGUGAACCUGGUCACCGCCCCGAACGACGACCUCCUCGUCGUCAGCGUCAUGUCGGCCAUCGCCUUCCUCUUCUUCGCCGUGGUCGACGCGAACGCCGCCCUGGUGCUGCUCCGUCGAGCUGGAGGGGAGGAGUGA